AUGCCACCCAUCCAAGCGCCCGUUACAGCUCAAGAGCUCCAAACCCUCUCCACAAAGGCUAUCGACGCCAAAGCCGCCGCAUACUGCCCGUACUCGAAGUUCCGCGUCGGCGCAUGCAUUCUCACUGCAUCGGGCGAGUUUGUCGUCGGCGCGAACGUGGAAAACGUGGCUUAUCCCGUUGGAACAUGCGCUGAGCGUGUUGCGUUUGCUACUGCUAUUGUGGCCGGCCACAAGGAGUUUCGGGCUAUUGCCGUUGCGACGGAUAUUACGCCUGGCGCGUCGCCGUGUGGGAUGUGUCGACAGUACAUGCGCGAGUUCACUACGCCUUCAUUCCCGGUGUACAUGUAUGACGGGCAGGGAAACUAUACCGUGAAGACGAUGGGCGAGUUGCUGCCGGAUUCUUUUGGCCCAGAGGACUUGCCCAAAUGA